UUCAUCCCAAAUGUCAAGUUACGGGGCGUACCCGAGUCUUAUGUACUGGCGGAUGAUGGUUCUGUAAGCGGACAGGUGCAGAUUCUAAUCGGAAACGACUACUACUUUAACAUUAUUUAUGAAACUAAGAUACAACUAGAUAGUAACUUGUUUCUAGUGGAUUCUGCCCUUGGAUGGAUAGUCAGUGGCAAGACGGAACCACAGCUUGAAGAGGAAUCAUAUGUAGUGACUUAUGCUCAAACUUGUAUUGAAACGAAGCUUCAUCAACCAGAUUCACCUCUUUGUGAUGGAGACAUUAAAAACCUUUGGGAAUUGGAAUGUAUAGGAAUUUGUGAUUCACCUAAAGCAACAAGAGAAGAAGAAGCUAUUAAAAAUUUUAAUGAAACUACAGUAAAAAUUAACAAUAGAUACACGGUAAGCUGGCCAUGGAUAACUUAUCCGCCUGACUUACCUAAUAACUUUGGAAUCGCCUUUGGGCGUCUGUCAAGUUUACUGAAGCGCAUGGACCAAGAAACCUUAAUGUCAUACGACGAUACAUUUAAACAACAAUUAGCUAAGGGUAUAAUAGAAGUCGUACCCACAUCAGGAACGUCAACUGGUAACGCUAUUCACUACCUACCCUUCCAUGGAGUACGUCAUCGAGGAAAACCUAUGCGAAUCGUGUAUGAUGCUAGUUCCAAGAGUAACAAGAACACCAAGAGUCUGAACGAGUGCUUAUACAGAGGACCACUCAUGCUUGAAGACCUUACAGGGUUACUCAUCAAAUUCAGGACACAUCACAUAGGAUUGACGUCCGACAUAGAAAAGGCGUUUUUACAGAUGGCAUUACACGAGAAGGAUCGUGACGUUACCAGAUUCUUAUGGCUUAAAGAUACCUCUAAACCAGUAUCUCAGGAUAACCUACUUUACCUAAGAUUCUGCAGAGUUCCAUUCGGCGUGAUAUCUUCACCGUUUCUACUGAAUGCGACUAUUAAAGAACAUUUAAAUAAUGCAGAAGAUCAGCAUGUCAGGCAGAAAGCGAAUGACAUAUACGUAGACAACUUUGUUUCAGGCUGUAGUACUACAGCUGAAGCAAUAGAGCUUUACAAAAGUUUAAAAGGAUCUUUUCAAGAUAUUUCAAUGUCACUCAGGGAUUGGAGUUCUAACUCCGAAGAAUUCAUGAAGAUGGUCCCUGAUACAUGUAAAGAAAACAAGAUAAAAGUACUUGGCUUAGACUGGGACAUAAAAAAGGACACCCUCCAGCUGAAGCCCAACCUCCAAGAGGAAGCAGUCACAAAAAGAGGAAUACUGAAGACUAUCGCAUCAAUUUAUGACCCGUGCGGUUACGCGGCACCUCAUACAUUAUCAGCUAAACUUUUUCUGCAAGGACUUUGGAAGGCCGGAGUAUCUUGGGACUCACCAUUAUCAAGCGAGCUAACAGAAGAGUGGAACAUCAUCCGACAGAACCUAGAAGUCAUAGGAAAGGUAUCGGUGGAUAGAUGUUACAUGAAGACACCAACGGAAGCGAAUUACCAACUACACUGCUUCACAGAUGCUUCACUACAAGCCUACGCAGCAUCGGUGUUUCUAGUCUGUGGCUCGAAGAAAAGCUUUAUCAUGGGUAAAUCCCGUCUGAUACCAACCAAGGAUCAAGAUAACCUCAAGAUACCCCGUCUAGAACUUCUGGGAGUACUGAUAGGCUGUAGACUGAUGAAGUUCGUCCUUAAGUUUCUGCAACAGAAAAUAGUAAGACAAGUCUUAUGGACCGAUAGUCAGAUUGUCAUCGAAUGGUGUAAGUCUAACAAACUACUUCCUCCCUUCGUUGCCAGACGAGUAGAAGAAAUCAAGACAAACAAAGACCUGGAGAUAAGAUAUCUACCAUCAAGCUUGAACCCAGCAGAUGUAGGCACAAGACCCCUUCGUGCAGAGGAGGAUAAGGAGAAAUGGCUGAAUGGUCCGCAGUUUAUAACAGAAGAUCCACAGAAAUGGCCAACCACAUCCGGCAGUGAGCCAACCAGUUCUCUUCUGACAGGGGAGGGUCUUGGGUUCCAAGAAGACAUAGAGAUGGUCGAUAAAGAAGAUCCAGUUGUUAAUGUCAACCCGAUGAAAACGGAGGAAAUUAUAACACCAAAUGAAGUGAUAGGAAAUAAUCAGUCAACAGACGACAAGCUUCAUAAAUUAAAAGAAAUUCAAGCUAAAUAUUUUCCUCUAGAGGUAGAAGGAAAAGAAACCAAUCUAAGUCGAAACUUAGGAGUAUUCAAGGACAUUGAUGACCUAUUGAGAUGCAAAGGUCGUAUGAAAAACGCAAACUGGUCGUUCGACAAACGAUACCCUAUACUCAUACCAAAAGAGUCAGAUUUCACGAAGGAAAUUAUAAUGAAAACUCAUCAAGAGAACAAACAUGUAGGUGUCAGCCACACGCUUGAUAAAAUAAGAGAAAUGUAUUGGAUUCCUCAAGGAAGAAGUAAAGUCCAACGGAUAUUAAAGGGAUGCCCUGAAUGUAUGAAACAUGAUGGAGGACCUUAUAGACUACCAGAAACCCCUGCUCUUCCUAAAGAGAGAGUCAAUUACAGCUCUCCUUUUACGUACGUUGGAACAGACUACCUGGGACCACUUCUAGUUAACAACGGGAAUGGCAGUUGUAAAAGAUGGAUUAGCCUUUAUACAUGCUUAGCGGUAAGAGCCAUUCACCUGGAAGUGGUAAAGGAUCUAACAGCGGAAGAAGGUCUUCUGGCCUUAAAAAGGAUGAUAUCAGCGAGAGGCGUGCCUACCUUAAUUACAUCUGACAACGCAGCUCAUUACAAGUUACUUUCUGAAAUUCUUCAAGACCCAUAUUGCAUAGAAAAGGAGAUUAAAUGGAAAUUCAUACCGCAAUUAGCCCCAUGGCAUGGAGGAUUUUACGAAAGGUUGAUUGGCUUAACCAAGAAUUGUAUGAAGAAAACCUUACAAAAACACUUAUUGAAUGACAGCCAGCUGGCAACAACAGUUAAGGAAAUAGAAGCAGUACUUAACACAAGACCUUUAACCUACGUGGAUUCAGAACCUGACCACGUAUUAAAACCCUCAGACUUUCUUACCAUGGGAAAAUGUAUCGUAAUGGAAACGUCGAGCAUGGAUCCUAUUACGUCACAUGGGACAGUAACCAAAGACAAUCUAAUUAAAGGUUGGAAGAAAGCGCUCAUCAUUCUACGAGAAUUCAAAGAGAUGUUUGAGAACAGGUAUCUCCUAAAUUUGAGAGAAAGAUACUCCCAUCAUCCUAAGGAGCCUAGAGUGACUUCAAAAUUAACGCCAAAAAUAGGUCAGAUAGUGCAAAUAAAAGGCGACACGAAGAAUAGGAUCAAUUGGAAAGUUGGGAAAAUAGUAUCUUUAAAGGAAGGCGCCGAUGGUUUAUGUAGAGUAGCCACGGUCCAAGUAGGAGAUACAAUAUAUACAAGAUCUAUCGCGCAUCUCUACCCGUUAGAGAUCGAAGAUGGAGAGGAACAGUGUAAACAAACGUCACAUGAAGAAAGCGUAGAAGAAUCUGUACAGGUUCCUGACGUCCCACAUCCAACAAGAAGGGACGACGUGAUGAAAGAAUCCACUAACGACGUUCUUAAGACUUCUGAGCAGAAAUCUUAUCAAUUAACAGAAUUAAACGAGUCAGAAGAAAUACCGUCUGAUUCAGUCUUAUUAGAGCCUGCAUCUAGUCAGUUACACGAGCCUGAGCCUAAGUCCAUACCCGAACCAGACCCACUCGCAGUCAAAGACAUGACGUUCUGCGAGAACACUGAUCCUGAAACGCACCACCUAGAGAACAUCGCGUCGGCUGAACAUCACGACGAGUCCAGACCUAAGAGAGCAGCGGCGCUUCGUGCUCUUGAGAAGAUUAAGGAGUGGACCAGCAACUUAGUCGCAGUUUUGCUGCCUGUAGUGGGGAGUGUCGCGACCAACGCGAAACUAUAGAGCCCCAAGAAUAUUCCCCUGCGGCAACACUGGCGGCGCCCUCUGGGUGGAGCCAUAAUCACGGAGUGACAAUCAGCCGCCGUAACAUAAAAGCAAGCGAAGCAGAUCAGAGGCUCACCUGGCCCCGAGAAGGUUGGGACAGCGUGAGCGUGGAUGAGGAAUCAUCUAUAGAAGUGUCAGGUAUGUAUACCAU